UAGAUAUCUUCUUCUUUCCAAUCCCAAAAAUUCUGCAACACCUAAAAUCACCGAUUCUGUGUUCAAAUACUGCGCGGGAAAAAAGACUGUUAAUUUUUGUUUACUUCUGCUCUGAGAUACAUAUAUUAAUUGAAAAAAUACGUUGUGAGGCAAGAAAAAGCGUCAGCAGAAAAUACGCACUCAAGCUGUUCGACGAAAUUCCGAAGAGAGACUUAACACUAUAGGAAAUGCCACUAGAACCGAUUCGAAUCUUGGGGAAAAUCGCAGGCGUGAUAGUUGGCGGGUUUGUGAUCAUAAAUGUGGUUUCUUCAGCAGCCAUAGGCGCAUUUCAAUUCACUGUUGAGGAGAAACGGAAGAAAACUGGAUUGGCUUGUCGAGCGUGUCGUGGGAAAGGGUUUUACAUAUGCAAGUUAUGCAAAGGAAACGCAACGAUAAAAUGGUCGCCAUUGUAUGAUCCAGUUUGUAUCAAUCCAUGUCUUUGCCCUACUUGUGAUGGUUACAGGGUACAACGAUGUCUCAACUGCAUAGGAAAGGAAUAUUGUUGACCGCUUUAACUCUCCCUUGGGCUUACCAUUUGAUCAUCUUUGAGAUUUCAAAAAGCUAUAAAAAAAAACGGUUUGGUUGGUGUUCUGUGUUCAAUGCUGUCAAAACUGUUUACUGUUUAGUGUCUGUGUUCAAUGCUUUGAAAUAGUUUUAUAAAAUUUGGUU